AUGGAUCAUUUUGGGGUCACUAAUUCUUCUGUUUCUCGAGCUGCUGUGGUGGGAGGGGGCUCAGAUCGACAGAAGCGUGACAUCCCUAACUGGUCGCUGACAUCAUCAGACUUCUUUGGCUGGGUGGAUGAGCUGCACAGAUAUGGUGGCUACGAGCAUAUUGAGCAGCUAACCAGGACCUUCUGGGCCCACUUCCCCUCGGCGGAGCGUCUCGGAUACAUGCAACGCAGCCUGGAUUCAAAUGAAUGAAAAGUAGAGACACUGUCGGUCUCAUCCUGUUUGACACCUUUUUUUUUAAUGAUGAAAUAAUAAAAA